AUGUUUUUGCCUUCAAAAACAACCAUUUUUUCCCCCGAGCAAUGGGUUGAGGGGCUUGACAAACGCUGGGCUGCCUUUGGAUUACAGGUGCAAAUGUCUGGGUGCCACCACAAAUUUGAGCUCUAUGUGGAUGAUAUGAUAUUCUUUUCCUCCCAUGGCCAGGCUGACAAUGUCUCUGUUGAGAAUGGCAAAAUAGUUGCUGCAGACGAACCUGCCAAGAUUGACGAACCGGACACAUGUGGCGGUUCGGAUGCCUCAGAGCCCCCAGCGGUAGCACGGAAGAAAGAACGGUUUCCGUCCCAUGAGGAUCAAGCAUGGAGCGCCAAGUUGUCGACCAAGGCAGGAACUCCAUUUGGUGGUGAUGCAUUUACUACACCAGCCAAGCAUGAAAGUUCUUCUGGAAGUAGUGCUCGAUCAUCGAUUGGCUCAGAUGCGACUUUUGCCGCGGCCUCCGAGGGUGGUGCUUCUCUCAAAGUCGGAGAUGAGAAUGUUGCAGGCGAACCUGCCAAGGUGGACACGGACACAAGUGGUGAAUCGGAGGACACCUCGGAGCCCGCAGUGGCAGGUGGCGUGGAGGACGAAAUAAAUGGGCCUUUCUAG